AAUACAACGUUAUUGUUAUUCAUAUCUAAGAGGAAACGGAAGUGUCAGCCGGAAGUGCCGGUGUAGUGUUAGCGGCUGCUAUUGAGAAGGAUUGGUUAUUUCUGCCUGUGCAUUGAGAGGCUCAGCUGAAGGUUUCUUGUAUUCAUGGCCACGUAUAGCUUGGCUAAUGAGAGGCUCCGUGUCUUGGAGGAAAUUGAGAAGGAGAUUGCUGCUGUCUUGCUUAACGCAGGAAAUGUAAUUUUGGAACUUUCCAAAGAAAAACCAAAUGAGCGUCUUCUAGACAGACAGGCCACUCAGUUCACGGCUUCAAUGCAGAAGGUGGAAUCUGAGCUUUCAGGACAGAUCCGUUAUCUUACACAGGUAGCCACAGGGCAGCCACACGAAGGCUCCAGUUACAGUGCACGCAAAGAUGGCACAAUGGCUCUUAACAGAAUCGAUUAUGCUCGGGUGAAGCUGGCAGAACUGUGCCGAACAUGUGAACAGAUGCUAGAACAACCUUAACCUGACUGUUGAAAUGUAUUUUUAAUAAAUGGACUUUUCAUAAUGUAUUCUUGAUCAGAGAUACCUGGAAAGUGUCAGAAGUUUGCCUUCGGAGGAGAAUAUCUGCAAAUCUUUACUCUCAAGAAUAGACUUUCGUUUGUUUGUUUUUUUACAAAUGCAUCAUUGUAGAGAUUUUUUUUUUUCCUCUUCAAAUACACAGGGGGUAUGGAUUAGUACAGAAUAUAUACCAAAUCGGGUUUUCAAUCUUUCACUCACAUUCAUUUAGUUGCUGAUCUGUAAACUCCAGGCCAGUCUGUUGCAGUGCGUUUAAUGUAUGUAUAAUAUAUUGCGUGUUAAUGUGCAAUGCGGUAAUGCAUCCCAUUCAAAUUUCAUUGGACUGCCAAUGCACCACAAAAGUAGGAUCUGCAACCUGCAGCACACCAUGUGGUAUAUCACACCACACAUGCUCAAGUGCAUUUGGGAUCUAUUCAAAAUAAACAGCACU